UGAGAACCUACUUUCGAAGCUGAGAAAUCAAGUAAAACAAAGAAAAAGGUUAGUUCACUCACUUGGCAUUGAAUUUGUACAUUAAAACUUGAAUUUGACCUACAAGGCGCGUUUCAUUGGCCUUCAGAUUAUGAUGUUACGAGAGAUCCAAGAUGCGCUGGGUGGGAAGUCACCAACUGUUCAUGAAGAAAAAAAUAAAAGGUUUUGGAAGUGUCCUCAACCAAACUGUCACGGCCUUGCUUGUCCCACUGACUUCAGGUGUACUAUGUGCAACAAAGUUAUUGAUUUAUCUGAUACCUCUCUGAAAUCUGCUAAAACAGAACCUGUCAUACCAUCAUCCAAUGGCACUCCAUCGGUGAAGAGAUCAAGGAUGGCCAACAACACCCACCUUGUUCCUCUCAACAUAUUCAGUAUCGGAAGAUCAGGGAUUUUUGAUGGCCGUGCUGAAGAUUGUUGCAUCAGUUCAUCUUCCAUUUCAUGCAAAGUUAAAGUAGAAGGUAAGCCUUUCACGUAUUCUAUUUCCCAGGCGUGUGGACUAGUGUCACCAUCCAAUACAAUAAUAUGGAAAUGCUUGUUUUCUGCGAAACCCUACAAGUGAUUUUCGUCAAACCAUCUAUUUCUUUCAAGACACAGCUUUCUGAAUUGCUUAGAAUCAAGGAAUUCAUUUUGCCAAGCGUCAAAUGGUUAAUUUUGGUAUUCCGGGAACCACCUGCUAGCGACUUGUUGUAUGUAACAGUAGAUGAUCUCGAAGGUUUAGCCAAUCGAGUUCGUGAAAAUGGAUCUUGUGACAUAAAUUGUAGUGCAGAAAAGGCUAGAGAAAUUCUUUCUAGUUGUGGCCUUCGUCUGCCACGUGCUGAAUCUAAAAGGACUAAUUCAACUUUCCGUGAGUCUCAGAUUUUUAACCAAGUCGAUCAAACUCAAACCAAAUCUGACAAGUAUCCCAUUUCAAAUUUGGAAUCUAGUUCAUCCCAAGUUGACAAACACACAAAUGAGGGAGGUCUGCUGACUGAUGUGAUAAAUACUCUUACUCAUUCCGGUAUCCAACUGACAAAUAACUCAAGUUCACUUCCUCAGGAAAGCAAAAAUACUAUCCAAGGAAAACUGACAAUAGGUGAAUGUAAUAAAGAAUGUGACGAUUUAAUCAUUCUCUGUGAAGAAAAUACUGGCGAAUGGAUUCAGAAUGCUAGGUCAUCUGCUUUGACUAACAGUGGCAAUCCUCAAACUGAAUCAUCUACGAAUCCUGAUGACGAUUCUUUAAAGUUCGAUUACAAACCUCCUGGGUCUACUGACAGUAUAACAAUAACCAAUAAUGAUAUUGAGUGUCUUGCACCUGGAGCUCUUUUAAAUGAUGCUAUAAUUAACUUCUAUCUCAAAUAUUUAUAUUUCGAAAAGCUCACAAGUUUCCAAAAACAAGCCACUUAUUUGUUCAAUGUAUUUUUCUACAGUCGGCUGGCGAGUGGUGGUUAUAUAUCGAGUGAUGUACGUAGUUCUACAUUCUCAACUAAUUUACCAAAGACUUCAGAAACCACAGAUGAAACAAUUUUUGCUCAGCAUGCUAAUGUUGCGAAAUGGACACGUCGAGUCGAUCUUUUCAGUAAAGAUUAUAUUAUUAUUCCAAUUAACGAAUGUGCACAUUGGUUUCUUGGUCUUGUCUGCUAUCCAUGGAUGGCGGGAAUGGUCAGUUACACGGCUCUCUAUCGUGAAGAAGUCUAUCAUCUCUGCCAGUUGACAGAAAAAUUUACUAAUGUCGAUCGCAUCAACUUCUCAGGCGACGAUUUAAAUUCCCUAGAUAUUGGUGAAGAAGUUAUUCAAAGGUUGCCUACCGACACUCCAGGUGAAGCAUUUGAUCGGUGGCGGCGAAGACGUUUAGCCUGGCUUCGUCAACGUGGUGUUAACGCAAUGCCAUGUGUUUUACUAUUCGAUUCGCUUCCUUGUCAAAGCCGAGUUGGCAAUUUGCAUGUUAUUCGAAAUUAUUUACAAGCUGAAUGGAAUACUCGCAGAUCAGCCCAAGAUGGUGUUCUCCGCUUUGAUAAGGAUACAAUUCGAGGUUUUAGUCCUCGAGUGCCUGUUCAGAGUAACCUGGUUGAUUGUGGAAUCUACCUACUUCAUUACGUGGAAAUGUUUUUCAAGAAACCUGUUCAAAGUUAUACGAAGGAUUAUUUCCAACACGAAAUGGCUGGUUGGUUUCCAGAAGCUACUGUCAGCCAGAAGCGUGCCCAAAUCCGUGACCUUUUGGUUAACCUACGAGAGCGUACACUGAGGGAGAAGGCUAAAAAUUGAUUCCAAUACAAAUCACUGUAACACUAUUCCUCUUAAUAACUUACGAAAUUCAAUUCUUCAAAUGGAUAUAAUCACCCCAUCUUCUUGUAUAUAAAUACACUCCCAUCGUUCCUCUUGCAUUUCGAUUGUCUUUUUCGACAGUGUGAUUGGUUCGGAGACUACUACUAAACUAUUAUUGACACUUUUUGUAUUACAAUUCUUUCAGUCGAAUAUUUGCCUUCGACUUAUUUUAAAACACUGGGCUAUCAAAUGAACCUUAAUACAUUUGUUAAAACUAACUGUGAACGCACUACUGUGUGAUUUUCUAGUUUUACUAUUUGUAAUACAUCACUGACACCAACCAUAACGGUCAUUGUAAAGUUUUUCUUUCUGCACGCUAUUAUUAUUUUCAUAAAAACAGGAAACUAAUAAUAAGUAUUUGUGCAUGU